AUGAAUACAAUGAUGAAGUUUGCAUCUUUUGAGACUAUUGUGGAGCUCCUUUACAAGUACGCUAUCCCAACUCCAAAAGAACAGUGUAGCAAGCCUUUUCAGCUUGGAGUGAGUUUUGCUGGUGGAUAUGUUGCGGGUGUAUUCUGUGCCAUCGUAUCACACCCUGCUGAUAACCUGGUCUCUUUUCUCAACAAUGCCAAGGGGGCAACUGUGGGUGAUGCUGUGAAGAAGAUGGGCUUAUGGGAACUGUGUACUCGUGGUCUUCCUCUUCGUAUAGUCAUGAUCGGAACCCUUACUGGAGCUCAGUGGGGUAUCUAUGAUGCUUUUAAAGUUUUUGUUGGGCUGCCAACUACUGGAGGUGUGGCUCCUGCUCCUGCUCCUGCUGCUGUGUCCGCGAAGAUGUGA